AUGGCAAAUAGUUACAUCAGGAUCAACAAAAUUUCAAGAGGAAGAGAUACAAUUGUACUUGGUAGAGUGAUAGGAGACGUAUUGGAUCCAUUCACAAGAUCUAUUAACCUAAGAGUGGUUUACAACACUAGAAGUGUUAUCAUGACUUUAAUAUUUAUUACCUGCUCCAUCUCAAUUUAUAUGUAUAAAAAUCUCUUUCAUUAUAUGAUUUUGCAAUUCACUUAUUUAAUUAUUUGUUGUGUUUUAGGCAAUGAAGUUGUAUCAUAUGAGAGCCCACGUCCUAAUAUGGGAAUACAUCGGUUUAUUUUUGUGCUAUUUCCUCAAUUGCGUCGAGAAAAUUUCUAUGCUCCUCGAAGUCGGCAGAAUUUCAAUACAAGAGAAUUUGCACAACUUUACAAUCUUGGCCUUCCUGUUGCUGCUGUUUACUUUAAUAUAUAUUUGCACAACUUAUAUAAUAUAUCCAAGAAAUAA